AUGCUUCAUAUGUCAAGCAAACAUAGCAGCCAACGGCCAGCAUUAAGUGAUAGAUCCUCCGUUCAACAGCGGGACAAUAACGGCAUACAUCGAGUUCUAUCGGACGUUGGUUUAGAUCCAAAAGACUUUCUUUUCGACGACACAAGAGAGAAGAAUUAUCCUCAAAAUCAACGGACGUAUCCUUCCGAUUCUGCCGAAACACGUCAUCCACCGAAUAAUUAUCAAUCACCGAAGGAAUCUCAAUCUUCUAAAGAGUCUCAACAAAGAUCAUCUAGACAAAACGAACCAAAAUCAGCCUUUACAGAGUAUCCAACUACCUAUUCAGAAUCUAAUACCAGAAACGAACCAAACCCUUCAAAUAAUUCUCAGGCUGCUGCCAAUACCAUCACAUCUUUUGGACAACAGCCAAAUUAUUCCCUACGACCACCUCCACCGCCUCCAAAAUUAGCAAAUCAAAGGCCAACUCCUCCGUUUUCAUCCAGUUUUGAUCGACAAGGAUCACAACUUCCUCCAACUUCAGCUCAAGCAAAUUUUGAUCCUCUUUUGACUUCUACUCGACAACAACCCUUGCCAAACACAACAAUUCAAAAGGAUUCAUUUAAUCUUGCGAGUCGUUUAUCGCCAAAGAUAUUUACAAAACAGAAUCAGACAACAAUUGACAAUCCACAAGCCAUGGAUACAACGUCAGCUGACCACUAUCUGCAACAGAUAGGUUCACAUGAUAAUCCUCCCGUUCGAGUUGUUAAACCGAACACACAAAACCUUGUUUAUCGAAAAGAAAUUCGAAUACGAUAUUUACAACCUCCGACUCCACCACCACCCGCACCGAUCAUUAUUCGAGAAAAACAAGCUCCCCCACAUCCACCUCAAUCUCCUUUACUCAUAAGAGAACGAAAAUCCGAAGCUCAUACGCCUCCGCCAUUGACAAUUAGAGAGAGACCACCAACACCUCCAGCACCUCUUGAGCCUCACAUUAUCGAAAAGACACUGCCACCAGGUCCACAGCAGCCACGACAAAUUAUCAUCGAACGUCUACCAACCCCACCACCAAAACCUAGAACGGUCAUUUUUGAAAAGUGGUUACCUUAUAAGAGAAUAAAGCGCCCCGUCUUGUUACAAAAAGCUCAACCCUUACCACCACCUAAACCCGUACGAAAUGUGAUUAUUGAAUACGAACCAUUAAAAGCAUUCACUGUACGCCGUGUUAUUGAAGAAGGUGUAUUCCGAGUUGAUCCACAUACGUACACAACACAGCAUCCACCACCAGGCGUCGGUGAUAUACGUAUUGUUGAACGCAUCGAAGAUCUUCCACCACCAAGUGAACAAUUGAUGCGUGUACUUAAUGAUUAUGAUCAUCAUCAUUACUCUUCAAAUCAACAUUAUACUACCAAUAUCCAUUCACCUCUGUCGCACAGUUAUGAUCAGCAUCAUGACCAAGGAGCAAGAUCACAUGGAUUAAUAUCUAAUGUAACAAAUUUAUUCGGUGGAAGAGGAAAUUCACAAGGGGCAUCAGCAGGUAAUUUAACAAACGUCUCACGAGCAUCAAGUACGCCAGCUAAUAGACAAGAAAGAGUACUGUCUGGAUACAAUUCUUCAAUACCGAGUCCUACUAUUGUACCUCUUGGAACAAAAAGUUAUUAUCGUGAACACAGAAAUUCAGGUGAUACUACCUCUGAUCAUGUCUAUUAA